UUGUGGUAACUGUCAAUGCUGUUCUUGACUCUUCUCAUUAUCCAAGUGUCAAGUUGUACUUUAAAUUUUUAAUAAUUUUAUAUAAUAGUUUUUCGGUAUUAUCUACUUCGUUAGUGCUUGCAAUCUAGAAAUGGAACCGCCAGGAAUGGAAAGUGGUUUGGAAUUUCCAAAAAAUCCAUUGCUUUGUCCUAUUUGUCAUGAUUAUUUCACAGAGCCAUGCAUUCUCAGUUGUUACCAUACUUUUUGUGCGAGGUGUUUGAGAGGACGAGAGCAAGAUCGUAGACUAGUUUGUCCGUUCUGCAGACAACCUACGAUGUUGAAAGAUGGGUCUAUGCUGCCCCCAGCUGACACAUUGAUGCGCCAGUUGAUUGACAUUGCGAAUAGUGAAAACCCUCCGUGUUCCAAUUGUGAUAAACGUGAUAGAGCAAAUAUGUAUUACUGCAAUACCUGUGGCCAAGCUUUGUGUUCACACUGCCGGGAUAAUACCCACAGAGCCAAAAUGUUUUCAACCCACGAAGUGGUCCAUAUGACAAAAUGCAUGAAAGAGCCCAAAAAGUGUCCUCAACAUGGUGAACAUUACAUAAUGUUUUCUCCAAUACAAAAUGCCAUGUUGUGUGUUAACUGCUUCAGAGAUUCACCUAAUGACAUUCGUGGGCAAUGUGUUGAUAUUGAGACAGCACAUGCUCAAGCUUCUAAACGUCUUGAGAGGGGACAAAAUGCAAUAAUGGAUCUGCAGACAUCAGUAAGAGAUGGCAUUAUAGCUCUAAAAGGGCUCAUGGAUGAGUUGAGAAGGAAUAUGGAUAGUGAGAAGCACACCAUAAACACAUUCUGCCAAGGAAUGCAGGAGGCGAUGGCCAAAACUCAUGCUACCAUGAUUAUGGAAGUGCAACGUCAAUUUGAGAGCAAAGAUCGAAUUUAUAGAAGUCAACUCAUAGUUCUUGGCACUGUUAUGCCAGUUCUUCAAUUGCACUUAGUACUAUGCACCACUUUCACUGCAGCAGCCAAUAAAUAUCAGUUUUUGGAGUUAUGCCCCUCUCUUAUCGAAAGACUUGCCGUAGUUGGGAACUUGAGCCAACCAGUGAGAUCUUUGCAAUCGUCACAGAUAAAAACUAACUAUCGUAGUGAGUUCGCUCAGUGUCUUGAACCUUGGAUUGGUCCUGCCGCUGUCAGUCAGCAUCAGACGGAAUUAGCUGCAGCUUCCAGAGUAUAUGACACUGCUCCCCCUACUACAAAAAAACAGCAAAGUGCCCUAAAAAACAAACUUCUUGAAGGAGAAAGCUCUUUCUCUUCCCACUGUCGAUCAUUUGAAUCUCAAAUAAGGGAACUAAACCAGCAAUUUAACUUGGUUAAAGAGAAAGUCGGAGAGCUUCACAAAGAUAUAUCUGCUUUGAGAAAGGCUCAGACACCACCGUUACUCUCCCGAUAUGAGGUGUUGAUUCGAGAGUGUUUGCAUUUGGAUCAGAACUUGGAAAGACAACAGCAAGAUCUUGAUAGAAUGGCCUCUGUGUUUGAUGCUUCAUGGGAAGAACAGCUGUGGAGAUUGAGAGUCGAACAGGAAGUUUUCAGCUGUCAAAGGGCUGAUGUCAAUACAUUGAGAAAUGAACUCAAGCACUUGAGUCAGUUAGCAACACAGUUGGAACCACUUAUAAAAAGUCUGACGCCUGCUCAGCAAGCUCAGAGUAGCCAUAGUGAAGCAGGCCAAGGUCAAAGUGAACAAGCUCAACAUCUGGCGGCACUUUUGGAGCACAUUGGUCUCCUGCAACAAUCCGAUGCUUCAUUAGGUAAAAUACCAAGAUCACGUAGCAAAGUACUUGGUCAAUUACUAGAAAAAGUCCGUCCUAAUAUACAAGAAAGGGAAAGAAGCAAGUCAGCAGCGGGACACACUGAAAAGUCAAUGUCAACUACACAAAUGCCGGGAACUAAAAAGACUUUUAUGGCUAGUCAGCAGCAAAAUAUUGAUCGAUUGGAGGCCCAUAUCAAGGAAAAAUUACAUGAUAUCAUAAAUAGAAGACAGAGUCAACCAACUUCAAAAUCCGAUACAGAAACUGACAGACAAUUGGGAAAAGAUGACCGAAAGUUGAGUAAAACAGACUUGGACUCAAUAGCAAAAUUAAGUGUGAAGCAGAGGAUCAUGCACAAGAAAAUAGGCAAGAGUUGUGAUAAAAUUAAUGCCACUAGCAAAUCGGAUGGUGAGAGUAGAAAAACUAAGUCUGAAUCAGAGUAUCAGAGAAUUUCUGAUGCCACUAGUCAAAAUAUUAAAACGUUGGCUCAUGAAACCAGGUCUAGUCCUAGUAGCCCAAAAUGCAAAAAUAAAGGAAAACUGCCAGUUAAGCAACAGAAGAAAAAGGUAUAUCCUUACAGUGAUGGCGAGGACAAUGUGUUUUACUCGAUGCACGAUUCUGCAGAUUCUUUGAGCACUUCAAGCCGACGUUCAAGCUUUGAAGGUCCCGAUAAAACCCUUGUGGUGUUUAUUAAUAGUCGAAACAAAAACAUGACGAUGGCUCAAAAGCAGAGGAGCUGGGAAACUUUUCCACCGAAACGCAGACACCAUGUUUGUCAAAAACUGUCGUCUCCAGCACCCAUGGCACCUUUGCGAAAGGCAGAUAGUUUUGAAGCGCAAGAAUCUGGCAUAAACACUUCGAAUACCAUUUUCGUUUAGAAUGAGAUCAACGAACUUCAAUGUUUUAUUGUUCAGGUCAUGAAGAAGCCGUUAAAAGUCUCGUGGCUGCUGUACAAGAAACGCGCAGGAAACCAAGAGGCGGCAAUUAACCGACAAAGAGCCAGGAUUGCCAAUACGAAUAUAAAGGAAUUUUAUUGUUUGCCUUUUAUGAGAGUAAUCGAGAUUGAGGUAGUAGAUAUUAUUAAUUAGUGUGAGGUGAAUGAAUUCAACUUCACUGCCGCAAGUUAUUGAUAAAAUGUAUUCGAGUCUUAAAUUCACUCAAAUAUGUUUUAUGGCAAUUUGAUAUAUAACUGUCGUAGAAAAUAUUCAAGGUUUCAUUCCAACUUUAUUUGGAAUUUUAUUCACUAUAAAUGCUGAAGAAUUGAUAAUGUUAAUAUGAUAUUCAUUGAUUUGAUUUUACAAUUUUGUGUUUGGUUUGUCCUAUAAAAUUCAUCCACCUUACAAAUUUUAUGGAGUAUAAAAAUAAUUAAUUGUUGGAAAACACUGAAUAAUAGAGAAUUUUAUCGAAAUUUGAUAAUUAAAGUUCUAGUGUAGGUGAUUGUUUCUUAAAAAUGUGCUCCUUGAAUUCAUGAUACGAAAAAAACUUAAAUUUUGAGGAAAA